AAGAAAAGAAUCACUUCAAAUUUUACUCAUGCAAAGAAAGAAUAAUUAAGAUCAUCAUAUGAAGCCCAAAUUCUCCCCUUUCAUGACCACUCCUCUCCCUUGUCUCCUCCUCUUCAUAAUUAUCUUCAACAUCUCUACCACAUUUGUUGUUGCUGAUCUUGUCCAAAAAGCUUGUAAAAAAUGUGAAAUUGACGAUCCAAACAUCAACUACAACUUCUGCACUUCAUCUUUUCGUGCUCACUCGGGAAGUGAUUCGACCGAUCUUCGAAAACUCGGUGCUAUCUCAUUGAGUUUGAUUCAAAGAAAUUUAAGCAGCUCAUUUGAGUAUGUGGAAAAGCUAUUACAAAACAAAGAAAUAGAUUCUUAUAAAAGGGUUCGUUUAAAUGAUUGUCUAGAUGUCUAUUCGGAUGCCAUUGUUACUGUGGAAGAAGGAAAGAAAGCAUAUAAAGAAAAACAUUAUGAUGAUGCUAACAUCAAAGUGAGCGCAGUGAUGGAUUCUGCUAGGGUUUGUGAAGAUGGGUUUAGGGAAAAAGAAGGUGUCUCCUCUCCAUUGACAAAGUGGAAUAAGGACAUGUUUCAAUUGGCUGCCAUAGCUCUUUCAAUCAUCAAUAUGCAUCCGUAAAACACAAUAAACAAUUCAAGGUGACUGCCACACCAUGAACGAGAAAGAUAUAGAUUGUGGUGGCUUCAUUCAAUAAAUUUUAAAUUAAGGUGAUCUUUUUUUUGGAAACUAUGCCACAAUAAUUUGUCUCUUUGUUUUCAUCAAUAAGAAAAAUGGACGUAACCUAAAAAAUUUUCAAGUGAUCACGCAACUUAGUACUACAAAAUUCAAAUAGCUAUACUAUAAACUACUUCUUGUUAGUUUUGUAUUAUAGUUUGUAAAAAUUCAAGUAGGGUUGUUAAUUAUGAAACUAUAUUGGCUAUUUUGUUAA